UCCAAAUCCAAAAAGAUUAGAAACGCACGGUGGCCAGUACCAUUAACCGUUAAACAGAGCGAAUCGACGGCGAUACCCAAUCAAAGAGAGAAACCGAAAAAAAAACUCCCCGAAAAGAAAAUAAAAGUAAACUUUCCGGGAAAAUUUUAGGUGUCCUUCAAUUCACUUGCCAAUUACAUUUCAGAUUUGUUGAUUCAAAUCUUGAACUCGUCCUUAUCGACCCAAUCUAUACUAUAUACACACACAUAUUAUAUAUAUAUAUAUAUAUGUAUUCAUUAGAGAUGUUCCGGUUCGAGCAAGAGAAGAUCAGAAAACGACGACUUUGAUUUUAUUCUCUCAAUAGAUUCAGAAGACUCUUUUAAGGGUUUUGCUAUGGCCGACGCGCUCUACGUGAUUCCUGCUUCCGUUCUUCGUAACCUCUCCGAUAAGCUCUACGAGAAGCGCAAGAACGCUGCUCUUGAGGUUGAAGGAAUCGUGAAGCAGCUAGCGGCGGCUGGAGAUCAUGACAAGAUUACGGCUGUGAUCAAUUCGUUGACUACUGAGUUCACGAACUCGUCGCAAGCGAAUCACCGGAAAGGUGGAUUGAUUGGACUGGCGGCUGCCACGGUUGGUCUGUCUUCUGAAGCAGCUCAGCAUCUCGAGCAAAUUGUUCCACCUGUGCUUAGUUCCUUUUCCGACCAAGAUAGCAGAGUUCGCUAUUAUGCUUGCGAAGCUCUAUAUAAUAUUGCAAAGGUUGUCAGGGGAGACUUUAUUGUGUUUUUCAAUCGGAUCUUUGAUGCCUUGUGUAGGCUUUCAGCAGACUCUGAUGCCAAUGUUCAGAGUGCUGCUCAUCUUUUAGAUAGACUUGUAAAGGAUAUUGUCACAGAGAGCGAUCAAUUCAGCAUUGAAGAAUUUAUACCAUUGUUGAGAGAACGUAUGAAUGUCCUAAAUCCUUAUGUCCGCCAAUUUUUGGUAGGAUGGAUCACCGUCCUAGACAGUGUUCCAGAUAUCGAUAUGCUGGGUUUUCUUCCCGAUUUUCUUGAUGGUUUAUUUAACAUGUUAAGCGAUUCUAGCCAUGAAAUACGACAACAAGCUGAUUCAGCACUUUCUGAGUUUCUUCAAGAGAUCAAGAACUCUCCAUCUGUAGAUUAUGGUCGAAUGGCUGAAAUACUGGUACAAAGGGCAGCUUCCCCAGACGAAUUUACUCGCUUGACUGCUAUCACUUGGAUAAAUGAAUUUGUAAAACUUGGUGGGGACCAACUAAUUCCCUAUUAUGCUGAUAUUCUGGGAGCCAUUUUGCCCUCCAUAUCCGACAAAGAAGAGAAAAUAAGAGCUGUCGCUCGUGAAACCAAUGAAGAACUUCGGGCAAUCGAAGCUGAUCCAGCUGAUGGAUUUGCUGUGGGAGCAAUCCUAUCUAUUGCCAGGAGGCAGUUGUCCAGUGAAUGGGAUGCUACUCGAAUUGAAGCAUUGAACUGGAUUUCAACUCUUCUAAAUAGACAUCGAGCAGAGGUCCUGUCAUACCUGAAUGAUAUUUUUGACACUCUUCUGAAGGCACUGUCAGAUCCUUCUGAUGAGGUAGUUCUCCUGGUGCUUGAGGUGCAUGCAUGCAUUGCCAAAGACCCACACCAUUUCCGCCAGCUUCUUGUUUUCUUAAUGCAUAAUUUCCGGGUUGACAACACUCUCCUGGAGAAGCGUGGGGCUUUGAUAAUUCGCCGGCUUUGUGUACUUUUAGAUGCUGAAAGAGUCUAUCGGGAACUGUCCACGAUACUUGAGGGACAACCUGACCUGGAUUUUGCAUCAAUUAUGGUUCAGGCUUUGAACUUGAUUCUACUUACUUCCUCUGAGUUGUCUGAGCUUCGUGAUCUUCUCAAACAAUCACUGGUCAAUCCUGCUGGAAAAAACUUAUUCGUUUCUUUGUAUUCUUCGUGGUGCCAUUCACCUAUGGCAAUUAUAAGUCUUUGCUUAUUAGCGCAGGCUUACCCGCAUGCAAGUUCCAUCAUUCAAUCUCUGGUUGAGGAAGAUAUCAAUGUCAAAUUCUUGGUUCAGUUGGACAAACUGAUCCAUUUACUGGAGACUCCGAUUUUUGCUUAUCUUAGGUUGCAGCUUCUCGAACCUGGAAGAUAUAUAUGGUUGUUAAAAGCCUUGUAUGGUCUUCUGAUGCUGCUUCCCCAGCAAAGUAAAGCCUUCAAGAUUCUAAGGACUCGAUUGAAAGCCGUGCCCUCGUACUCCUUCAAUGGUGAGCAAUCCAAAUGGACAUCAUCUGUGAACUCCUAUUCUCAAAUUCAUCACAUGCGGAGUGGAUCAUUUUUCUCUGAGGAUGGCGACAUGGAUGAAGAUUUGCAGAAUGUGCACAAUGGAAUAAACUUUUCUUCCAAGCUGCAACAGUUUGAGCAAAUGCAGCAGCAGCAUCGUAUGCGCUCAAAAGCACAGGCACAAUCACGGCACACUUCUACUUCGUCUACAAAGGAGGUGCAGAGGCCAGAACAACCCAGGAGACCUUCGACCAUGGCAGACAUGAUCAGGCCUCCUUCAAGAUCAUCACGUAGAGGACCAGGACAGUUACAGCUUUAAUAUUAUUCAUGGUUCUUGGCCCUCUCUAAUGGAUGGAGGGUGGAUCUCUCUCAUACACCGAUCUCAUCUCAGAGGGUUGCACGCGAGCUGUGGACAGAGAGAUGGUAGAAUUUGUAAAUUGUAUAUCCCAUUAGUAGUUUGUUUUCGUCGAACUUAUAUAUGAAGGCUGGGAGGAGGAGGCUAUGGUUGGGACCGACUCUGAUUUGAAUUGAGCUUUGGGGGGGGAAGGGGUUGUUCCCGAGCUAUUCUUAUUCUUUUUUCCUGUGAACGGGAUGUGCUCGUGUGGUUAUGUUGUUUUUGUUUUGUUUUGUUUUUUAUCGAAAACCACACGGGCCAUGGGUAGACAUUUAAUUUUAGAUUUUUUUUAAAGAGGUUGCAGUUUGUUUUUUAUGUGUUCAUCUGUUACAACAAUUAAAAUAAAUUAUCAUCUAAUUCAAUGUAUGCAAUGAUCUAUGCUCAAACUCCCCACA